AUGAAUAGUGAAAAUUUUAAAAACAUCAAGGGGGGUUCGUUAAUCAACGAUUCGGGAUUUUGUUCUGUGGCUCAAUCAAUAAUCGAUGAUGAAUGGAAACGCAAUGACCAAAGUCAAGCUUCAUUACCUUCACCUAAUCAGCAAAUGCAACCUGAUAGGAUGGAAAUGGCAUCGAAAGCUAUUCCAAUUUUAAUUGAUCUUUUGGUCGAUGAAGAUACUGUUGUUCAGAAAAAAGCUCUGGACAUGGUUCUUCAAUUAUCACAGGAAACAGGGAGUCGUGAGAUGAUCAGUGAUUCUCCUCAGCUAAUUGCCGUUCUUCUUGAUACUCUUUCAAAGAGUAAUAAUUUGGAAUUGAUUGAGAAUGCUGCUGGUAUUUUAUACAAUAUUUCUGAACAUCAUCUUGGUCGUCAAACAAUUCAUAAACUUUGUGGUAUCCCGGAAUUGAUCCGAAUCCUCAGCUGUGACAGCGAAUCCGUCAUCCAUCUUGCAAUCUCUGCCUUACAUUUACUACUUUUACACCAAGAUGGAUCAAGAGAGGCUGUAAGAUUAGCUCAGGGUUUACCUGUCAUGGUUUCGUUACUUUUCAAUCCCAAUGAACAAUUUUUAUCUAUCGUCAUUGACUGUAUCCGUCUUUUAGCCUACGGCGACUCUGAGACCAAACUUGUUAUAAAUCAUCUUGGUGGUACCAAUGAGCUUGUAGGAAUUUUGAAGAAUAGCUCAUAUCCACAUCUACUUUGGGUGACAUGCAGCACCUUGAAAGUACUAUCUGCAUGCCCAAUAAACAAACGAGCUAUCAUAGAUUGUGGUGGCUUACAAGCCUUAUCAUUACAAUUGAAUCCAAACAUUGACAUUCAUGUUGGUAAUUGUUUGUUCACAAUAAGAAACCUUUCAGAUGCUGCUGUCAAUGAAGAGGGAUUGGAUAUGUUAUUGUCUAAAGUUUUGGAAAUCCUUCAGGCCACAUUAGCCGAUACAGCCACACAUGAACCCACCAUUACCUGUGUCGCAGGUAUUUUAUCAAAUCUUACGUGUAAUCAAACCAAUAAGAAAAUAGUUUACGAAUUGGGUGGAGUUGAGCUUCUAGUUGAAACGAUUGUCGCUCUACGAGCCAACAAUGAAAUUAUUGAACCUGCUGUUUGUGCUCUUCGUCACUUGACCUGCAGAUAUUUCGAAGCUGAAUUGGCAGCUCAUAAAAUCAUUCAAUGCCAGGGUCUGGUACCAAUAAUCAACUUAUUACAUUCGCGUAGUUGGGCCAUUAAAAAGGCUGUUGUUGGUCUAAUCAGAAACAUCGCAUUGUGUGAGGCCAACAUUGUUCCGCUUCGUGAACAUUUUGUUAUACAAAAAUUAGCUGCUGUGCUCGAAGAAGCCAACAUAACUGCUCAAUCCUAUGACAUUGGCGGAGGAAUAGUUUCACCUGUUGAUCCUAAAAUUGAGACCAUAAUAGAAGAAGCCACUUCGACAUUAAAGAUAAUGGCCAAAGAUCCAUUGAACAAGGAAAUGAUUGAUGGAAUUGUUUGCUAUUUUACCAAUAGCGUCCAGAUUUAA